GUAACAAUGAGCUCUACCGUAGCUCCUACGGUAGAUACUUCACUUCAAAUCGUCGGAUACGUGGCACUUCUUCUUUCUUGCUGCGCUUUUGGAACAAUGUUUGUUCCAUUGAGAAGAAGAAAUUGUAAGGAUGGAUUUUUUGUCCAGUGGAUUGAAUGUGGAGUUGUAUUCAUUGUCGGUUGCAUCUUCUACGCAGCACGUGGAUUUCCAAAAUUCGAGCCAAUUGCGUGUAUUGGAGGAUUUCUUUAUGCAACUGGAAAUGUAUUCAGUGUGCCAAUUGUUGAAGGAAUUGGGAUGGGAGUUGGAUUCUUGAUUUGGACUAGUCUUCAGAUUAUUGUCGGAUGGGGAGUGGCAAGAUUCGGGCUGUUCCAAUGGAUUGCCCCGCAGAAUGUGAAAAAUGAUGUGUUGAACUAUAUUGGAAUUGCAUUGACAAUCGUGAGUGGAGUUCUUUUGAUAUUCGUGAAACACGUGGAAACGGAGCCAGAAAAUGAAUAUGAUGUGACCAGCAAGGAAAUGGAACAUCAAGAAGAGAUUGAGCAAAGACUCAGCAAUUCAGAAAGAGAUUCUUCAUUUGAUAUGGCUGGUUUGGCAAAGAAAUUACCUUAUAUCCUUAUGGCAAUGGUUCUUGCGUGUCUACAUGGUUUGAUGAUGUCACCGAUUGAAUAUUUGAAGCAACAGAAUCCACCAACUGAUAGUUUCCAAGUGUUUGACUAUAUUUUCCCAUUCUACACAUCAGUAUUCCUCUUCUCUACACUGUAUUUCUUCGCGUAUUGUGUAAUUUUGCGUCGAAAAGCCUACGUGGAAAGGAAUUUGAUAAUUCCAUCGAUUGGGUACGGUAUUUUAUGGACUACAGGAAUGACACUUUGGUUUGUCUCCAGUGAUAAAUUAUCUCAAGUUGUUGCCUAUCCAUGUACCGCCCGUCUUCCACCGUUAAUUAGUGGAGCUCUUGAUGUAUUUGUAUUCAAGAGUAUUCAAGGAACCCGAUCAUAUGCUACGUUGGCAAUUUCUUCUGUUAUUGGUGUCAUUUCGGUGAUUAUGAUUGCUUUGUCUAAUCAGAUUUAAUUAGAACAGAACCGAACGAUUUAUUGAUCUCAUCUCAAAAUGUUGUAUUAUAUUUGAAAUAAAGUAUUAUUCGUAUCGUUU